CUACCGUACCUGCUAGCACAGACCAUACCUAAAUUGAGGUCCCUGCAAAUGGAUCUGCAUCACCAAUAAAAGCUUGAAAUCAUGCAGGUGCGUACUGCUAUGCCCAGCUUAGCUGCACGCCCAUCAGGAGCCCCCAGCCGGCAAAUCGACAUUGACGACUAUGAUAUUGCAAUGAGAUUCAAGCAGGAUGAAGACUCUCAUCCGCUCCCAUAACCCAGCUCGGCUGAGUGCAGCCCUGCCGAGGCCCUUGUUCAGGCCAGGAGUCAGCGCCUCCACCAGAAUCUCAUCAACGCCUUUUACAUCUCAUCCGAGCCAUCGCCAACGUCGCUCCUUCCACCUUGGUGUGGCCCCAGUAGUCCAGACCGUCGGCCAAUGCUUCCAAACCGGUUGCCAGACUGCACAAGAUGUCAUGCUGGCGGCGCAUGGCCUAACGGGUAUGCCCUGGGUGUUCACGAUUCCUUUGUUCGCCCUAGGCGUGAACCUGCUCUUCCGGCUCCCGUUCAAUCUCCAGAACCAAGUGCUCAUACAGCGGCGAUCCAAGGUCGCUCAUGUCUUGCAGGGAUGGUUUCGGAAGCAUUGGCAGGAGGUCAGCAGGGAGCAGGUUCCUCCUGGCGAAAUGAAGAAGGAGCUGGAGAAGCGCGCAAAGCCACAGGCCAAGAGGCUGUACCGGGCGUUGGGUCUGCAGCAGUGGAAGUUCUAUCUCAUAGGGCUGGGUAUACCCUUCUGGCUCAUGAGCUUGGAGGCUAUUCGAAGGCUUUGUGGUGCUGGGCGGUUCGGGCUCAAUUCCAGUGAUGCGGGCCCUGCUACCAGCGACACGGCCACAAGGGACCUAUCGCAAAGAGUUGUGGACACAUCUGACGCAGCGCUUCGGCCGGUUCCAGAUGCCUCUGCAGCCUCAGAUGUAGUCACAAAUACGGCGCAAAUUGUGAACGCUGCUCAACCAAUGGAUCCAACGCUCACUAGCGAGGGACUGUUGUGGUUUACCGAUCUUACCGUAGCUGACCCCUACUACAUACUCCCGAUUACCUUUACGGCGCUGACAGUGCUCAACAUCAUACCCAAAGACAAGACAGCCCGACAAGCACUGUUUGGAAGACUCAGCCGCAUCAACGCCGCCCCGAGUAAGGACUCCAAUGCUCCGCCGUCUACGGAAACCAUGGACCUGGGCAGCAACUGGCGUAUCAGAACCAUCAGAGCUAUUCUCUUGAGCUCCCCGGGGUUGAUCAUUCUCACCGGGUCCUUCCCCGCAGCUGUGCACCUUUAUACCAUCACCUCUGUACUCGCUACCAUGUUGACUCGUGCCAUACUCUCAAAAAUGUACCCGGUGGUGGCCAAGGCCGAGACAUGCAAGCACAGGGAGAUGCCGGUCAUUAGACCCGCCCUGCCGAAACUCGACAUUGUCAGCAAGGAAGCGGCGAAGUCAUGAGCACUUUGGGAGAACAGACUUGGCAUGGGCCGGGUAUAUCACCCUAAGCCCUAGUCUAGACGCUUAUCAAGAUGAUCCAUCCGGGAGACACAGGUCGGAUCUUGCGGU